AUGUAUGGAGAUUCGGAUAGCAGUACUGAUGAUGAACUUCCAUCAGCUCCAAAUAGAUUCCAACCCGGGGUACGACCUGCUGGGAAUGGAAGGUCUGCAAUGCCUGGGUCUGCUCCCUUAGCUAGGAUGCAUGCUGAUAUGGAAGUUCAAAUUCACGCUAUUGAACAAGAAGCAUAUACUUCUGUUUUGCGGGCAUUUAAAGCUCAAUCAGAUGCCAUCACCUGGGAAAAGGAAAGCUUAAUUACAGAACUCAGGAAAGAGUUGAGAGUAUCAAAUGAGGAGCAUAGGGAACUUCUAUCCAGGGUCAAUGCCGAUGAUAACAUCCGAAGGAUGAGGGAAUGGAGAAAGAUGAGUGGAAGUCAACCAGGCGCACAAAAUACUUCCCAGCUUGGGCACGAUCAUGUUCCUAGUCCAUCGGUUUCUGGAUCACGCAAGAAACAGAAAUUGUCACAAUCAGUUGGCUCGUUAUCCAUGGGUGGCCCUCCUGCAUUGCACCCACCUAUACAAGCAUCUACAUCAGCCGUAAGACGAGGUCCUCACCCUGCAUCUAAGAACAAGAAGCCCCAGCCUUCUAUGCAGUAUCCAUCUACGAGCUUAGGUUCUCGCAGGGGCCAAGUCGCUACUAGAGGACCUUCUGCUGCAUUCCCAGCCAAUGGGCUUGCAGAGGCUCCCCAGUUUGAUCUGAUUGGAAGAAAAGUUUGGACUCGUUGGCCUGAAGACAAUAGUUUCUAUGAAGCUCUUAUCACUGACUACAAACCAGAGGAUGGUACGCAUGCUUUGGUAUAUGAUAUGUUCACUCUUAAUGAAACAUGGGAACGGGUCAAUCUCAAAGAGAUACCUCCUGAAGACAUUAGGUGGGAAAGCGAAGAUCCUUCCAUCUUCCGCAAAGGUGGUCGUCCUGGACCUGGACCGAACAAGAAGUCCAUGCCGCGUGUUGGUGGUCCCCCUGGAAGAGGUAGAGGGCCCACCACGAAGGGGCCUAAGAAAGAUCAUCUUCUGCCAUUACAGAACGGCACUCGUAAAAAGGUUGUGGGCGAUAUCGAGAUACUUCACACUGAUACCCUAAUAAAAGAGGUUGAGAAGGUCUUUGGUUCCAACUUUCCUGACCCUAUGGAGAUCGAAAAAGCAAAGAAAGUGCUUAAAGAUCAUGAACAAGCUCUUGUAGAAGCAAUCGCAAGGCUUGAAGAUGCUUCAGAUGGUGAAAGUGAUGGGGGAAGAACACAAGUUUCCCGUGGACAAUCAUUGGAUCAAGAACGAUCGAGAAAACAGGUGUACAACAAUAGUCGCCCUCUGGAAGGGAACAAAGAGGGUCAAGGAGGAUAG